GGCGCGAAUAUUUUGCCGUCUGCUUCUUUCCGCGCGGCGGCCGUGUGGAGAGCUUCAUAAAACCCCCGGUAGCGAGUCGGGACCCCCUGUUUUUUUUUGCUGCCGUGGACCCGGCUAACUGUUCGUCAGCCACCAUGACGGAAAGAAGCAGGUCCCGUUUCCAAGUAGCGAAGGUGGAUUACGUGAACGAAGCCCUCGCUACCGACGAUGAAAUCGCGAGUUCUGAGUCGCCGAACUGUGUUAUUACGGGCGCGUCGAUGUCUCCAACUGAUCCUGCUAAUUAUACAACUGUGUAUGAUACCGCCAACGUUAAAAGUUUGCUUCAGUACACGCACGAAGCUUUGCCGAGGGUGGACCACUACAGAAAUGUUAUGUCAGUACAUGGACAUAUCAGCAGGCCUACGUUGGACGAAUUACACUACAGUGGAAGAGGCUCUACGGCCGGUUUAAGACAGUCACUCUCAAUCGAAGGGAAGCCAGAAGAGAUGAACAUCUCUCCCGCGGUCAAGUUUGGCUGGAUACAGGGUGUUCUGGUACGAUGUUUGCUCAAUAUCUGGGGUGUGAUGCUUUUCCUUCGGCUCUCUUGGGUCGUCGGACAAGCGGGAAUUGGGUUGGCAGUAGCAGUUAUUCUUCUAGCAUCAACAGUGACGAUGCUGACAACCUUGUCCAUGUCUGCAAUCUGCACUAACGGAGAAGUCAGAGGAGGCGGAACGUACUACAUGAUUUCUCGAAGCUUGGGACCGGAAUUCGGUGGCGCGAUUGGCCUCAUCUUUGCACUGGCCAACGCAGUCGCUGUCGCCAUGUACGUAGUGGGCUUCGCUGAAACCGUGCAAGCAGUGAUGGGCAGAUCAGGCAUGUUUAUUGUGGACGCUGACAUGAAUGACAUUCGCAUCAUCAGUUGCGCCACUGUGGUGGUCCUACUCUGCAUCGCUCUCGUGGGCACUGAAUGGGAAUCUAAGGCACAGGUUGGUCUUCUGGUCAUUCUUCUCUCUGCCAUGGUGGACUUCGUAGUAGGGUCCUUCCUUCCUCCGACUGAAGAUCAAAUUGAAAAAGGAUUCUUGGGAUGGUCUGGUACAAUUGGACUCGAUAACUUCUCUCCCGACUUCCGCAAAGGGGAAAGUUUCUUCAGUGUCUUUUCUGUCUUCUUUCCUGCGGCUACGGGUAUCUUAGCAGGUGCCAACAUAUCCGGCGAUCUAAGGGACCCGCAGAAAGCCAUACCGAAAGGAACACUCUUGGCCAUCUUCAUCACAACGUUAUCCUAUGUUGGCUUUGCAAUCAUCGCCGGGCUGUGUGUCGUCCGAGACGCCAGUGGUUUUUACAACGGAACCGACCCCGAAAUCGUAAUCAAUGAGCUUGCCAAUUGCACCGGCUUUCCAGAAGACAGUUGUCCUUACGGUCUCAUGAACUAUUUCCAGGUAAUGGAAAUGGUGUCUGCCUACGGCCCCCUAGUCAUUGCUGGGGUCUUCGCUGCCACUUUGUCUUCGGCUUUGGCUAGUCUCGUGAGUGCCCCUAAGGUGUUCCAGGCCCUGUGCAACGACAAGUUGUUUCCGUACAUACACUGGUUCGGCAAGGGCUAUGGCAAAAACAACGAACCUAGAAGAGGCUACGUUUUGGCCUUUGGAAUAUCCUUAGCCUGCUGCGCAAUAGGGGAGCUGAACGCCAUAGCCCCCAUCAUAUCGAAUUUCUUCCUGGCCGCCUACUGUCUUAUCAACUUCUCAUGCUUUCAUGCGUCCUUCACAAGAAUGCCCGGUUUCCGGCCAGCCUUUCGAUACUACAACCUGUGGGCCAGCCUUCUUGGAGCCAUUUUGUGUUUGAGCGUCAUGUUUGUGACAAACUGGCCAACUGCUCUGGGCACCUUCGCCAUUAUUCUGGGUCUCUACAUCUUCAUCUACCACAGGAAACCAGAUGUGAACUGGGGCUCAUCGACACAAGCCCAGACUUACCUCGACGCUUUGAACAGCGUGGUCAAACUGAACACUGUGAAAGACCACGUAAAGAAUUACAGGCCCCAGUUAUUGGUGCUGACAGGAAACCCAGUUGAUCGACUUCCACUGGUUGACUUUGCUCACUUGCUCACAAAGAAGCUCUCCCUCAUGAUCUGCGGAGAAGUACGAAAGCCACCCAUGUCACAUCGUGUCAGACACUCCAUCACCUCUAGGGCUUACCGUUGCUUCGAACGCCGCAAGGUCAAGUCCUUCUUCACCCUCGUCGAAGAUGAGAGUUUCUCUCACGGUGUGUCCUCUCUGAUUCAGAUUGUUGGCGUAGGAAAAUUGCGACCAAACGUUGUUCUCAUGGGAUACAAGGCAUCCUGGCAGACUUGCCCUCACGAAGAAUUGCAGGAGUACUUUGCAACGAUGCACAACGCCUAUGAUUCCCACAUGGCUCUGUGUAUCCUUCGAUUGGCCGAAGGCUUGGACUACUCUAUGUACGCCAACCUCGAGGAAGCGCUGUCUGAGACCGUGGAAAACAGCACGCCGCAGGCAAACCGCCGGGAUGCUUCUUCCACGGAAACUCUAACGCGAAACGCCUCCAGCUCUCAGGUCUCGCAAGCUGGCAGCUCAGGUGACGAGGCGAGCCUACCCCGAACCCCAACCAUGGAACGCAACAAUCGCGACUCUGGUCUGGGCUCCUGUCACAAGGCCGCGACGACGACUGCCGUGACUAUGCCUGACAGCGAUGUCGCACUUCCUAAAGUGGAUACGACACCCAAGCGGAAGAGCAUGACCUCACAGGUCCUGGAUCUGGCAAAGACCAUACCGAAGAACGUCCUGCACAGCGUCAAUCAAUUUCAGCGCAAGCAAAAGAAGGGCACCAUUGAUGUGUGGUGGCUGUACGAUGAUGGAGGCCUUACCAUGCUCCUGCCUUACCUGCUAUCAACUCGAUCUCAGUUUUCAAACUGCAAACUUCGUGUCUUUGCACUGGCGAAUAAAAAGUACGAACUGGACCAAGAACAACGAAACAUGGCUGAACUCUUGAGUAAAUUCAGGAUCGACUAUUCAGACGUGAUGUUGUUAGCAGACAUUGUCAUGUCUCCACAAGAAGCAACGAAACAAGAGUUUCAGAAACUGCUCAAGCCUUGGCGAAGGUCAUCACGUGAUGCAGAAGCCCAAGAUUUGUCUGCACCUUAUGUGACCGAUAGUGAAAUAAUUGCCAUGAAAGAAAAGACUUAUCGCAACCUCAGGUUGCACGAAUUACUUCGCCAACACUCCACCGGUGCUUCAUUAGUUGUAAUGACACUGCCCAUGCCCAGGAAAGGCACAUGCUCAGCACCCAUGUACAUGGCUUGGCUGGAAAUGCUUACACGGGACAUGCCACCAUUCUUGCUCAUCCGAGGGAACCAGACGAGUGUUCUCACCUUUUAUUCCUGAAGGAAAGACUCCCUAACUUAUCGGCGCAAUAGUUCGCGACUCACACAGGGUAUAGGGUUACUCAAGGAGCUGUUUUAGAUUCUAGGGUUAAGAAAGAGCAUAUGGGCUUUGAAUGCCCAAUGCGAAUAAUGUGUAAAUAGUUGGCUUUGUUUAUUUGUUUCUUUUGCGUGUAUAAUCGAGGUUUCGAUUGAGUUUUUGUUUUACGUCUAGUUGGUGAGGACCAUUUUAAGUUAUUCCAAUUCCACGUGGAUCACAUUGUUGUUGGAGAACGCGAGAACAGCAAUAACAGUUCACCGGUUCACGAUACCGGUUCACAAAAUCACAAAAGAUGCAGUACAAUAUAUCCUGCGGAGUGGUCUUGGAUCACAGGCAAUAUUUCAACGAAGUACAAAUAAGGUCGCAAUGAUUUUAGAGGGAGCUAGUUUUUACGUGCAAUGUUUUACGUCCUAACACGUGCAAAAUGAAACACAUUUUAAUUGCAUUUUUAAUUGGCAGGAGCCUUUACGUUUAGCGCUAUGUUUCGAAGUGCAAUCUUUCUGCGUGUGUGCGAAGAGUACGCGGAGUGAUAAAAUUGUGUGUACAGUAGUUUCGUAAAGGACAUUUUGCGAAGCUGUCGGACGAUAUGAGACGUUGUAAUAAAUUAAACAGUAUAUUUUGAAUCUGUAUUAAGGAUUGUACAUAGCUCGUGAAUUGUUGAUAAUAAACAUUUUUCGGUGCCAA